GAAUCGGUACAUGGUAGAGGAAUGAUACUACAUGUUGGUCUGCUUGAUAACUGUGAUAUUCUGGUGCUCACAGAAUGGCAUCCAUUAAUGGUGUACAUUGAAAUUUGCCUUGAUAAUCCUUAUGAACAAUAGCCUACCCGAUAGUGAUGACAUUCUCCCUAGCAACAGACUCCUUAUGAACAAUAACCUACCCCAUAGUGAUGACAUUCUCCCUAGCAACAGACUCCCUAUGAACAAUAGCCUACCCCAUAGUGAUGACAUUCUCCCUAGCAACAGACUCCCUAUGAACAAUAGCCUACCCCAUAGUAAUUACAUUCUCCCUAGCAACAGUCUCCUUAUGAACAAUAACCUACCCCAUAAUGAUGACAUUCUCCCUAGCAACAGUCUCCUUAUGAACAAUAACCUACCCCAUAGUGAUUGCAUUCCCCCUAGCAACAGACUCCCUAUGAAGAAUAGCCUACCCUAUAGUGAUGACAUUCUCCCUAGCAACAGAUUCCCUAUGAACAAUAGCCUACCCCAUAGUGAUGACAUUCUCCCUAGCAACAGUCUCCUUAUGAACAAUAACCUACCCCAUAGUGAUGACAUUCUCCCUAGCAACAGUCUCCUUAUGAACAAUAACCUACCCCAUAGUGAUGACAUUCUCCCUAGCAACAGGAUCCUUACUAGCAACAACCUUGUGCAAGCCUACCAUAGCAACGACCUUCUCAAAGCCACAAACGCCAAGCUUGUUCCCCAGCAAUCACCUUCUCGUCAGCAACAGUUGUUUGUUCAGCAACGACCCCUGUACCCAAUAGGAACUAUCAGCUGUUUGUAUGUAAUCAUUUAUGGCAGAAAUGCUAAGUUGUGCUUAAGAGUGGUAUCUGCAAUUUGCAAAUUUAAGACUCCAGUUGUACGUGUCGGAGGACUUCACUCUGUAGCCUUGUUGUUGUUGUUACACCAGCCUGCUGGUUUCCGCAGUUUUGUUGUUGUACAUGUUGUUCCACUGUUGUACAUACUGCUCUCGUCGUGUACAUACCCAUGCUUCACACAUGGUGGUGCUGUCCACAAUCUUACUGACCAAUUAGAGGGGUCUGACAGUGCGUGCAGCGGUUCUCACUUCUGUCUGGCUCGUGGUUGCCAAUGGUUACCAAGAUGGUCUGGUCCCAGAGAGGACUUGAAGACAUCUAAACAAGAAGCUUUAUGAACACUAUACAGUUCUGUGUGUAUCGACAUAUUAACUUCUGUUGAAUGUACAUCUAUAUGUAUUUGGUUCUUAUUUACUCAUUUUCCUUGUAAGAGACAGUUCAUGUAUAUAUGUAUAAAUUCAGUAUGGCUGAUGAUGAAGCUAGAUGUGUGCAUAUCUUUGGCUCCACAUGAAACAGUUAAAUUAUUUGUAUGUAUAAUGUAUGUUGAAUCAAUUAUGUAUGUUGAAUCAAUUAUGUUUGUUGAAUCUUUGUAAUUAGGAAGAUCACUCCUUUAAUCUAUUUAUAGAUAUAUUUGUCUUUUAGUUUUUAAUGUAGACAGCCUGUCAUGGGUUAAUGCUGUUCACUAGAUAUGUUUUGGUUAAAUACAUUGUGAGCACUUCUGAGUUAAUGGCUAGCUACUUGAGGUCAUGAGAGCAGUUGGAUAUUUAGCAUUGCCACUGAAGAAGUGAAGAGGUUUGUCAGGGCUUUUGGGAAGACAUGAAUGAUAAUCUCAUCCAUAUUCCUUGUGACAAAAUCUCUUUUACCCGGCCACAAAGCUAACAGCCAACUAUUUACAAGUCGAUGAAAGUCACAUGAUCCGCAACAAGUUAACCUCAGCUUAAUCAGCAUUCUUGUGUCAGCUCUCACCUGGUUUCCAAUUUAAUCCCUCGUCAGAGUCCGUGCAGGCUUGUUACAGAGUGGGGACCUACUUAACAUCAGCUGUCCCCCAAAGGAAGACUUGCGUCCGGACGCUGACCACUCCGAGGAUUAAGGAUGUGUGGCACCAGUCUAGUCUGGUUUGUCUCACAGACCAUAACAGCUUUCUGCAUGUUUACUUUUAAUUAUUUAUUGAUCUUGUGUGUGCAAUAGAGUUUUAGAUGUGAGACUGUCCUUCACUUUCCAAAGUUUUAACACUAUGUUCCGGGUGUGUAAUGUCAGUAGAGGUGUUGUCAGCUAGAACUCUCGUUCCUUCAGCUACAUUCCCAAAUCAUUCAAUUCUGAAUUCUUUUGGGUGGUUGACUUAAAUCACAUGAAAAUCAAUAUAGUUUUGCCUAAAUGUUGUGAUUGAAAGGAAAACAUUUGCCCAAAAGAUUUCCUUUUUUGAAUACGGAUAAUGAAUAAGUUGUCAACACUGAACCUGCAACAUGAGUUGUUAUUUUACAGUAAACUUGAAACUUGUACCACGUAAUCAGGGUAGAUUUUCGUCAUCAUCCAAAAUUGUAGCAUCCAUUUCUUUUUCCACUAUAUAGAUGGGAAGAACCUUGAAAUCAAAGAAUAUGUCACUUGUGACAGAAUACACGCCUGCUGUAUCUGUGACAAUGUGAGCACCAAUGAUUCAGUAUCAGCAUCCUGGCUGAUGACUUGUACACUUUGGGAUUUGUUGACCAGGGUCAGAUGUAGUGGAAGCUUUUACUAUUUUCUUCAAAGAUGUCUACCUUCAAUAUCGAAGGCACCAUGACACAGUGCAAGUAUUUGAUGUGAUGCAGAGCUCCCCUGCUGUUUACAUGGGACCUGACUCCAUUCAGCUGUUUGAUGUUCCAUAUUUCCAUUGCAUAUUAUACUUACAGUUCAAUGUUUCAUUGAAAUGUAUUUCUGUAUUUUUUUGUUUUAGUUGAUAGCAAUUCUGUGUUGAAGGCUUCCAAAAGAGUAAUACCAGUGAACAUGUUCCCCUGUCAAAAUUAUGCAUUCCGCCAUUAUUCAACGUUUGUAAAAUGUAUAUGAUACUACCAUACAUGGCAGUGCAUGUCAAUGUUCUACCAACUCUCUGUAUGUAUUUUCAAACAUAAAUAUUUCAAUGUUACAAUAUCCAUUAUGUCUCUUCAGAUAUUUACUUUGGAGCAAAUGAAACAAGGAGAAAAUAUUGAGGCAUAUCCCAUAUAUGGAGUAUCCACUGAAGUUAGUUGAAGUACUAGAUUCACUCAACCGGAGUGUCUGUUAUGACCAGCAUAAACGUAAAUUCUCUACUCCAGGGAGCUCUGCUUCUAAUUCAGCUGUUGGAGUUCCAUGUGCACCAACUGAAUCUUCAGUGACGAGUUGUUACUCUUCCAGCCUCCUGUUGUCAACAUUCCCCCCAAAAAUAUAUAUUAUUUGUUUAAAAACAAGGUACACUUGCGCCAAAUUCACAUGAACUAGCAUUCGUUAGAUAUAUUAUUGUUUGUGUUAGUGACAUACAUUUUGGAAGGCCUGUCUUUUCCCUCACAGCAGUGCAGAUCAUCUCUGAUGUUAACUUUCACAUUACUUACGACAGGGGUAGAUUUUGCAUUUGAAUUUUGAUUUUGUUUCAAGGCUUUCUUUACUUAUUGUUGUGAAAUUUCAGUGGUUUUACAGAAAUAUAUCAUUGUCACUGGUAGUCUCGUCUAAUGGUGUUCACGCUGACAUGUGAUCUGUGCAUGUCAUUUGCAUAUCAUUUCCUUCAUUAUCAGCUGAAUUAUUGAUAGCCAAGAGAUGUAUUUAUGUGUUUGUAUGUAAUUAAUGUAUGCAAGAUCACUACUCGAUAUGUGUUACUGACUGGAUGUACAUGAAUCACGUGAUUACGGGUCACGUGACAGUGGUUCCUUUAUGCAAAUGGGAUACAUUAAUGAAAUAUGUUCUGACGUUUCUGCUUUCCACUCUUCUGUAGGUCGAUCGACAGUUUCCUUCACUAUUGUUUUGACUCUUUACAACGCUUCUUGAGAAAGUAGCAUUCUCGUACCUUCAAAUCCAUGAUGACAUUGGAUAGAAAACUGUCAUGACUUAUGAAAUACUUUAUAAUUCUAACUAUGGUUUUCAGAUCAUUGUUAUGAGAAUCAGGUUUUAUCUUAAGUGUUUAUAAUUAGAUCUAAUGUUGCAGUGUAAAGUGUCUAAAGAUUUAUCCAUAUUUUUGUAUUCUUUCUCAUACUGCUGGUUAGACAUGAAGCCGGUAUUUUUGUACAGUUGAACUCUGACCUUUCUGUGUACUAUACUUGAAACUUGUAUAUUGAAUGGUAUAUACUUGCAAUCUGUUAAUAAAUUGUUUUUUUCUAAACAAUAA